AACAUUCAAAGAUGUUGUCAAGAACAUAACCUAAUAAUUUUUUGACAAUCACGUACAAAUAAAAAAAUGUAUUGAUAAUUAUAAAACUAAAAGACUUACAAGCAUUUCAAACAAUGUUACUUUUUAUCAAAAAGUGUACAUUUCAAUCUAACUUGUAUUUCUGUAAACGAUUAUUUUCCUGUUCUACUGCACGGAAGGAGAAGUACAACAAUGAGUAUAUUUUAGAUUCUAAUCAAACAUUGGUAUUACGUCGAGAAGAUGCAAAAUUUUUAAAGGUUGCUAUUGUAGGAUUACCAAAUAAUGGAAAGAGUACCUUAAUAAAUCAACUUACAAAAAGAACAGUAUGCCCUACCUCUUCGAAAGUUCAUACUACAAUGCACAAAUUUGAAACGGUAUAUUCAGAGAACGAUACACAAAUUGUAUUUAUGGAUACACCUGGAUUAACAGCACCCCAUGAAAUGAAGAAGUAUAAUUUAGCAAAAACAUUUAAGAAUGAUCCAGCAGAGUCGAUAGCCGAAGCAGACGUUAUUGGAAUAUUACAAGAUGUAACUAAUAUAUUUACCAGAGUUAAAAUUAGCGAUAUUAUACUCGACUGUUUAAAAAGUAAAAGGGAUGAUGCAUCGCUGUUAUUGAUUUUGAAUAAAGUUGAUAAGUUAAAGAAGAAAGUAACAUUACUAGAAAUAAUAAACCAACUAACAAAUAAGAGCUUGCUGAAAUUUGAUGAUAUUUUUAUGGUAUCUGCGCUCACUGGGGAUGGUGUAGACGAUUUGAGGAAUUAUCUGCUCGAUUCGGCUAAGAUAAAUGAUUGGCAAUAUGAGAAAGAUGCAUUUACCGACCAAUCGCUUGAAACUGUAAUAGAAGAAACAGUAAGAGCUAAAUUGCUGGACCACCUUAACCAAGAAAUACCAUACAAUAUAAAAACAAAAUUGGAACAUUUUGAUAUCAGCGAAGAUGGAACUAUUAGUGCUGUUGUGUUAUUAAAGUGUAAUAAAAAACGUAACGUAUUUUGUUUAUUAAAGCAAAAAGGGCAACCGCUUAAAACCAUAGCAAUGGCAGUAGAAAAGGAAUUACGAAAUGCCUUUAGAACUCACGUAAUAGUGCGUUUAUCUGUGGAAACUGAUCAACCGAAAGAAGAACAAGCUAAAUAAAUAACAUUAUCAUUU